GCCGCAUGAAGCGUCGCUAGGUCCCUGCACAGCUGUUGGUUGUUGGCUGACGCUGAGCCAACACGAGGCUAAUUUUAGUCCACUGACGGCAGUGGUAGUGGUAAAGUGGCAGUAGUUCGGUGACGGUUGACGGUAUCAGUUGCUAUAAUCGACAUAGACCACGCGGUUGGUAGUUUGUGCGCGACAUUUAUGUUCGAUUCGAGACGUUCUUAAUGCGAGAUCGGAGGAGCACCUUCGCGAAGGAGUACAUCAACAACAUCGUUAACCCUCUAGGAACGAGACCCCAAAGGCCCACUACGACUGAGGCCCACAAACAGGAAGAACGAGCCGUACAGGCCACCGAAGACCAUACUAAAGCCAUGCUGAUGCCUCCCACGGAGACAGAGCCCCUGGCGGGUCUGGGAGGUCUAAGCGUCUUAGGGGCCACGACCACGCUAAAUGGCCCGGUGCAGAGCAAAGAUACUACCUUUACAAAGCUGUUCGUUGGGGGGCUACCUUAUCACACUAGCGAUAAGUCACUUAGGGACCAUUUUGCAGUAUACGGUGAUAUUGAAGAGGCUGUGGUAAUCACUGACAGGCAAACAGGGAAAAGCAGGGGAUACGGAUUUGAUGAUUCGAAAAACAAUGCCAAUGUUUAUAGAGCUGCGAGUACAUUCAGGAAAACUUCUUAUAAACAUGGAUCUUGAUACUGGUCAAGAGAACUGAUAUUUCUUAAAUUUUUCAUGCCUUACUUAUUUCUCCGCCACCACUGGUGAAAACAUAUAAAAACUAUUUUAUCGUAGGAGUAGGUAGUGUUGUUCAAAAUGCCAACAAAAUCCGAGCAUAUAUCGAAACUAUAGGAGGCCUCGUAGCUUUUUAUUUAUAAAUUUAAAUAUUAUUUAUAAUUUUUUAUUAAACUAACACUGGUGAACAAAAUUAAGAUAAUUUUUUGUGAUCUGGACAAAACAAGGUGGUUAUUAUAUAAAACGUACCCAAAAAGCCGGAAAUAGCAUUCGAUUUUUUCAAUCACCUGCGGUUUUCUAGCAAUAAGGCAUUUUAUUAUUUUUUAUUAUACACGU